AUGUUUGUAAAUAAUAGGUUACCCCUGAUCACCUUUACGUCACAAGCGGUAGCCAAUGAACGUUCAGCGUUUGAUAAUGGCUUACCUUUAAUUACUUAAAUUACCUUGGUGAACGUCAAUGGCAUUACAAACAUUUUGUUACGAAAUUGAAUUUUCGUUUAGCGUGGAUUCGCAGUCUUUUAAAUUUUUAUCGUGUUUAGUUCGUAGUUGUAACAUAUUAUGAGAAAUCUGCAGGUUGCAAGCAAUAUAAAUAUUUGUGUAACAAAAAAAUCAAUGUUUUAAGUUCGUAGUCUAGGCAGGUACAUUGAACCUUCUCAUUUUCUACCUUGAAAAUAAUAUACAUAAUAAUGUUGCUGGACGAAGCGUUUAAUGAAAAUUUUAUACUACUACUCUCACUGAUGACUUUGCAUUUAGGGUAGGUAUUUUAUUCUUUGUGAGUUUCGUGGUAAUAUCAAAUAAACUUAAAUUAACAAUUGUAAAUACACGGUGGAAGAGAGAAUUGUAAUUAAUUGUAUACUAGUCAACUUCUCAUGAUCAUUACACUGUAUUUGGCAUUAAUACGCUAGUGCGUAAGGAGGUUUCGUUUCCUAUGACAUGAUGAGAGAGCUGCUGAGUGCCGCCGGCCCAGUGGUAGAGCUCACCAACCAAGACCUCGCCAGCCCCUGCAGGAACGCCCGGCCCAUGGAGAAGGCGAAAAACGGUGCUCGCAGCUUCCGAAACCCUCCACAGCCUCACAUGUGCAUCCAGGACUUCAUGAUGAACUCCAAAGACCCGUGUUACAUCAACGUGCUGUCGUGGACCAAGAUCUCAACACCUCGUAGAGGGGAUGAUCCAAUACCUCUGUACGGGGGUAUGAUGAUAAACCAAAACAGCCUCUCAGCAGGGGACAGGAGGUCACCCACGUCGAGCAGGCGAUCACCAAUAUUUGCAGUCAUGGUCAACCCGGAAAUACUGCGCGUCAGUGGGAAGUCGGCUGCGGAUCCAAUGGACCAAGCAGCUUUGGUGGACCUGAUGCUGGACUUUGUGGAAGCCAUGAACCCUGAAGUGAAGUUCCGCAGGGAGUUCAGCGUGCUGAAGGAUCGCGACCUCGCGGGGGAGCUGAAGGACAUCUGGAUGGCAAUCCAGGUGAAGCGGGAGCGGGAGCGGGAGCUGAUGAGGCGGGGUGAGUGGCGGGACCGGACGGGUGUGGCCACGGAGGGAGGGGAGGACUUGGUUGCCACCCGGGAGAGCCACGGGGCUUCGAGGCACGUCGUGCAGAGGGACGUGUUCCCCUCGUCUUCGGACUCCUCCGAGGACGAGGACAGGGGUGACGUCUCCUCUCGCGGGAGGCAAGGAGACGGGGAGCUGUCGAGGAAGCAGCCCCACGACGCUCUGGCAGCAUGUGGGGACGAGAACGUGGCGGACAACUCUCAGGACCUCGGUGGCUCCAGGGAGACCACAGGCAAGGAUGACGGGGUGGCCGGCAGGCCCCUAGAACGAGACUCCAUCCUCACCGGCUCAAUGAAGGAGCAGGUCAUGAGGCUGGCACAGUUGUAACAUUAACUGUCUUUUAUACUGUGAGUUACAAAAAUGUACAGUGAAAUCUCAUUACAACGAACUUGAUGGAACCCACUACGUAUUUGAUUCAUAAGGAAAGUACUUUAUACUGAACUUUUCAUAAAUGUAAAACACUUGAGUAGUGGUCUGAACAAAUGUACAUUUAAGACUGAUAAAUAGCUGCAUCCAUUCACAUUAAGCUGUCUAGGUUUUUCUGUAAGACCCAUACUAUACAGAGACUGCUAUGGGAGUGUGUAAAAUAAAAGUUUUGAGGCGGGCCUGCCUGCAGUAUUAAAUUUAAUCCCAGCCAUUUGUACUGUGCCAUGUAAGGCAGUGAAGUAGUAUAAAGUUAUACUUGUGUUUGUGAGGAUGCUGGUUUUAUUCCUGGCCCACACACAUGCUUAAUUUUAAUCAGCUAAAUCUUACGUAGUGUUAAUCACUUAAGUAUAUGAUUAGGGCAAGGGUUGAUGGUUCAAUUUUUGCCUCCAUUUUUGGCCUAUGUUUACCUUGUGGUUGGGAGUCUGCUAUAAUUAUGCUGCCUUAUGCCCUGUGCUUAACUAUCUGAUGGUUAACUAAAUGCUUCAGCCCUUACAAGCUACAGCUCAACCAUCACCUCAUCACUUCUAAAGUGAUGCUUGUGGAACGCUAAGUACUUCAUAUAAAAUAAACUUUCUUAUUAUAAUUGCAUAGCUAUAAUCAAAAUACACCUUACUAACAUUUAUUUACAGAUUAUUGCUUUUCCUUUACAGUAUGUAUUUAAAGACACCCUUUUGGUUUCAAAAUUUUAGGUUGUAACAUAAUUUUAUUUAAUUUUUUUAACUUGGCUUUAUUAAAUCAUAUAAUUAAAUUUAAUUGAAUGCCUACGAUGGUGGUCGGUUACAAAAAAAUAUUUUUAUCAUUAAAUACAGUAAAACCUUGCUCGUACAGCCCCCGGUUCGUACGUACACCUCGGUCGUACGUACAGAUUUUCAGAAACCGUGAAAAAUAAGGCAAAAAAAAUAUGAAAAGUGUAAGAAAUACGUUAAAGUUUAUUAAAAUACAAUUGCAACCUGCAGUGUUUAUAACAAAUACGAGCUACAUACACAUUGCGUCACAGUAAAAAAUUAAAAAAAAAAAAAAAA